ACCCACCAACCCAUUGUUUUUGCCGUUGGGUCCAUGACGUUGUUGCUUCCUGGUUUUCUAAGCCCCCAGCAUUUUAUAUUAAAAAAAGAACGAUUAAACAUUACGCAACCCGGCUCUACUACUGCCUCACUCCUUCAUCAAUCUAUAAAUACAACACAUCUCCUCCUCAGAAAACACAAACCCUCUCUCCCAUCGCUGCGAACACCACUCCCGCUAGCCAUGGCCUCUUACGCAAUAGCUCCCGUACAAAGUGAGCUUAAGAUGACCCUAUACAACAAGGAGGUGUACGCUGGACCGGACAUCAACGGAGUAACGAUUAUAAAUCGACAGCCAAUGGGUACAACCUGGGUCUUUUCGUGGCCUGUCACCGAUGGGCCAGGUCCCAGCAGUGCAAAAAUCGUUGGCCAUCUGCAGGGCACAGGUGUUCAAGUAGCCAGUACUCCCAAUAAUGUGUGGCACUACUCCCUUGGAUUAGUGUUCCUGGAUAAAAGGUUCUAUGGGUCCACACUGCAAAUAUCUGGGACUUCCCAAGUAAAUGGUGAGUGGAGCAUUGUUGGAGGGACUGGAGAACUUACUAUGGCGAAGGGUACUGUCAAACGCACAGAAAUUUCAUAUACAGGAAAUACAAGGAUUUCAGAACUCAAAAUACAUGCGUUCUACACUCCAAUGAAUCAAACAGCUGUUUCCGGUAAUACUGCAUAUUCGAGAAGGCUUGACUUUUAUGCAGUCCUUUAGACUGCUCUUCGCGCGCGCCAGACAAGAUCUGCCAAGAGCAUAUCUGCACUUCAUCAGUAGUUUGUUUCCUAAUAAUAAUCUCGACUCCGUAUUCGGGAUUACAAACAAAAUUUGCUGGUUCUGUGACUCUGCACUAUGCUGUUACUAGGUUUGUACCAGCGCAUGUUGCCACAGAAAAGGAGAAAUUUUCAAAGCAAUAAAAGGAGGAUGAAAAAAUAUGGUAUAGAAUAAUGAAGAAAUGAUUCAUACUAUUUUUUUAAAAAAAAAUGCAUCAUGCAUGUGUUAACGCAUAUAAGAUUGAGCUUGUAGCCCGCCACAUUGAACUGAUUUGGAUACAUGAUUACUGUCAAGGUACGUAUGUGACCUCUGUAUAGGGAAUCUCGGUCAUCUAAUGCAAUCUAUGACGCUGGGAGAUAAGUAAAAGAAGAGCACCCUAAGCGAGCAGCUUCAAGCCAUGGAAUUAUUUUUUUGCAUAAGAAGAUGCCUCCUCCCGAAGCUCCACACAAACAGAAUUAGUGUUACUCAUCCAUUUACAAA